AUAUCCACUCGUAUGUCCAUUGAUUGAGACACUUCAAGUCUAAGGGAGCAAGUUUCGAGGAAGCUAUUUAAGCUCAAAUCAGUUUAGAUUAAACCAUUAGUUUUGAUUAUCAUCAGUGAUCAUUUGAAUAACUGAUUUACUUUGUUAAUUAAAGUUGGUAAAGUUUUUCUCUGUGUUUAAAUCAAGUCUCAAUUUUGACCAUGGCAAAAGUUUUCAAUCCAACCUUUAUCCUCGCAGUGAUUGUUUUGCUUGCAACGAUGAACUUUGGUUACUUUGUAUCAGCUGAUUGUUGGUGGACUGGGUGUCAGAGAAGUGACUGGGCAAUCAAAGGAUGUGGUCAAUAUAACCGAAUAGAAAGAGCUAGCACUGACUGCGAUGGUGGUAGAAAAUAUCAAUGUUGCUCGAAAUAGAUUCUCGGUGGAUGAACUUCUCAUGAAAUGUUCAUUGGCUCUGCGUAAAUUUCAAUGAGAAAUUUCAUUUGAUGUCUUUCAGUCAAUACCUUUUUCUUUAUGCUAUCGAUGUAAAAUUCAUGUUGUUAUGAAUACAUGUUAAUCUAAGAUAUGUUUCUGUUUACAUUGAUUUUUUCUUAAUAAAUUCUAACAUAGUCUUUAUCGUGAAAAUCAUAUUGAUCUGAACUUAAAUUUCGAUGCAAUUGUAAAGCUUUCGAGCAUAGAAAAUGAUACAAAUAUCAUCUUUCAUCGAGGAUGUUGAAUGGGAAUUUUUCUGAUUAGCUGAUCAUCCGGUUAUGUAUAUUACAAUUGGAUGAAUAUUGAUUCUGAUUGGGGUCAACUCACAACCCAACAGAUUUGAUUGUUAUUUUGGUUAAUAGUAAUGAGAUUACUGUGAGUUUAUCUAAGGCUAAUCCUUAGAAAAUAGUUAUUAAUAUCAUAUAAUACAUGGUGUGGUGAAAAAAUCAAUCAACUAAAUUUAUGUAUCCCAUGUCCUCAUGUGCUACAAUUAAUCAGUCGGGUAUCUUGAUUGUUGGAUUAUAUUACAUUAUGUCAACUACAUGAUCACUGGAAACAAUCAAAUGAUUGCUUUUCAAAUGUAUUGUUAUAUGCUAAUCAAAUCAAAAGUUCACAAUUUAUUCUGAACAAUCAUAUGUACAUUUCUGUUUUCCCAUGAAUCAAAUCAUUGUAACAAUAAUUACUCAACAAUAUUCAUUGUUAUCAAAUUCAAUGAAAUAUCAACACAAAUUUAUCCUUGAAAAAAAAGUGACAAAAAAAGAUGAAAAUGAUAAAUAACAUAAAUCAAAUCACGAAUCAGAAUCGAGUUUUUUUUUCAACAAAAUGUAAAAAACGAUCUAGUGAUAAUUUCUCACUCGUUCUCUCGUCAUCAUGUUUAUCCCUUCUCAUAGCAUUUAUCAGUUGAGAAACUCGCAUCCACUCAGUUACUAUCAGAAUUUAUCAUCCUGAUUCUCUCUGGGAGUGAGAAGAUGAUUCUGUGAUUCCUCUGAAAAUGAUAACAAUGAAGAUGGAAAUGAUGAUAUCGAUCGAAGGAGAGAAAUAGAAAUAGAGAGAGAGAGAUUGAUAAAAAUAUUCUGUAAGUGAAUAAAACUUACAGAAGAUAAAUAUUCUUUCAGAUUUCGCUGUUCUCUCUCUCUCGUUUAUCAAUCUCAUUCCCAUCUUCCAAACGAGAUGAUGAUCGUCCCAGAGAGAAACUAAUAAAACAAAAUAUCGUCCGUUGAACAUACAGAUAGAGGGAUAGAUUGAACAAAGAUGAAAACAAUUGUAUCGAGAAACUUUAACCUUGUUAUUACAUUAAUCGUGGAAGAGGAUUGAGAUAAUGUGAUUAAAAUAUUGUUACGAUGUUUUCAUCAAACAAUAAUAAUAUCAAUUACUUUCAUCCAGUUCUAUCGUUAAGUGAAAAUCUCAGAUUAUCAUCAUUGUCAUCUGAAGGAAGAAGACAUUAUCUCAAUGAAUAAGGUGAGUCCUCUCUCUCUCUACUCUUUUUAUCAUCUAUAUCUUGAUCUCAAACAUUAUUAUCAUUUGUGUUCAGUGCUCUGUGAAUAAGGAACCAGAUUAUCAAUCCAUCAAUUUUAAUUAUAUUUAAUCAUCAUUAUCUACCCGAUGAUCUUGUAUAACGAUAACUCAAUAGAUUACGAGUUAGAUCACAAUCAGGUGACUCGUUGCAUCUAAUUGAUUGGAUUUGAGUGGAAAUCAUAUCACUGAUUAAGAGUUUGAUUAGAUUGUUUUGUUUUGUUUGUUGAUUUGAUAGAUUUUAUUUUCUCUGUGUUUUAUUAUUUACCCUUUGGGUUAUCAUUACACGUUAAAGUGAUAUUGAAUAACCUUCUCGGACUGUCAACAACCUGGGACCACAGUCACGAUGAGCUCAAAAGUGGACAGUGUCCAUCAUCACAGGAAAAAAUGUCUAAGUACAUUGAAAACAAUUUACAAUUUAAAAAUAAUCAAAACAGCAACAAAAGUUUUAGUCAAAAAUCAACAGAAAAGGAUAAGAAAAGGUCAAUUUCAACAACAUCAUGUUCAUCAUCAACACCAACCACUUCUCCAUGUUCAACCUGCUCAUCAGCCUCAUCUUGCUCAUUAUCAUCAGCAAAUGUAUCAAGUGAUAAAAGGAAAAUCAAGUCAACAAUUAAAGAUAAUACAACCCAGGGUUGUCCCUACUUCAUACCAAUUAUCAAUCAUAAUCCAAUCUCUGUCAGCUCAUCCGUUGAACCUUAUCCUGAACCAUUCAAACAAAUUCAGCUCACCCCAUGUGAUGAAUUAUCAACUCAUGAUACAAAUACACUUGAUAUCAGUUCUGGUCAUUUUGUUGACGGUCAAGUUUUAUUAUCAAAAACUACACAUGCUGAGGUUCAUUCUGAGCCUUCAUCAUCAAAAUCAUUGAAAAAAAGUUCUAAAACCAAAUCAUCUUCAUCUUCAUCAACGGCACCAUCAUCAUUAACCAUUGAAUCAGUUGCACCCUCACGGCCAAUUGUUGUUGAUUCUUUACCAAAUUUUUCACCUCUAAAUAAAAAUACUUACAAUUUAAAUAGUAAAAACAAAGGAGAAUCAAAAAUGACUAUUUACAGUAUUUUAUCAAAAUCUAAUCAAGAUCAACCGAAACCCGAUAAAACCAUGAUGAACGGCUCAUUACCCAAUGGAUUAACUAGAAACCCAUUUCCUUUGCUGGAGAAAAAUCAACAAUCAAGAGGAACCAAAAAAUUGCAAACUGAUUUAUCUGAGAUUAGAUUAAAUAUGGAAACAAUUAAAGAAACUGAUCAACUAACAAUCAAAGAUAAUCAACUUAAAGAUGAGAUUAUCAAUGAGAAUAUUGAUAAAUGCAAAUUAAAUACUGAUGCAAAUGAAAAUAAUAUUAAUACAAGUAACUCAACAAAAGUAAAUUGUUCAAGCAAUUCAGUGAUCAAUGAUGACGAUAAAAAAAUUAACCAUGACAAUCAAAGUGAUGGAAUUAAGAAUUUACUGAAAAAAGUUUCAUCCGACAAGAAAAUUGCAUUGGAACGACGAUUAUCAGGAUCAUCUCCAUGUCCGGAUACACCAGAAUCCAAUGAAUCCUCAGUGCCGAGUCCUGGCUGGGCGACCAAGAUACUCAAUCCCGAAUCAAGGUCACAGAAUAUGAAUACUCAACGUCCGAAACUUAAUAACUCGCAAAGAUAUUCGUCUGUAUCUUCAUCUCGAGCUCCAAGUAUGAUCUCAGGCUAUUCAGUGUAUGAUGUUCAAAUUCCUCAUGAAAAGUUAACUGAUCUGCGGAAAAUUUUACAUCCAGAAGUAGAAAAGAGAGAUCUGGAAACCGUUUUCAAAGCUCACUGGGAAACUUUCAUGGACUGUCGAUGCUUCGAGUGUACAUUUAACAACGCGGCGAAAAUUAUAACCGUUGUAGUUUUGGCAAUAACUUUUUCUCGUCACCAGAGCCUUGACCAACAUCUUACGAAGAUGAUCAAAGUCAUUUACAGUCAAAUCAAAUUGAGUUGGUUGUUUCUUCAAAAUGAAUUGGAACUUUUUGAAAAUGAUUUGGUUAGACCUUGAGGCAAAUGGAUUAACUCCUCAACCCUUUCAAAAAGAAUUGGAAAUCUUCACAAUAAAAUGGAAUUUUUUCACAAUGAAUUGGAAUUUUGACCUAUUCUUAAGUUUGAUGAGUUUCAAUUCAAUUCAUUUAUUCAGUGGCAGUACGGUGUCUUCAUCUGUUAAUAAAAAUGAUAGAAUUUCUGAUUGUAUCUCUGACGAUGAUUGCCAAAACUACCAGAAAAACAUGAGAAAAUAUUUAGUAAAAAGUUUAUUAAGACAAUCCAUUGAAAAUUAACCCGUAGAAGACCAAUUCAUUUUGCAGAAAUUUACUCUGAAUUUGCAAAAAUCCAAUUCUUUUUGAAAAAGAUUAUCUUAAUCUUUUUAACGAAUGAGGAUUAUCCAUUUCAUUUUGAAAAAGUUCCAAUUGAUCUUAAGGAAACAACCAACUCAAGUUGAUUUGACUGUAAUGACCAGUAAAUAUGAGAAACCAGAAAUAAACAUAAUAACAAUGGAUCAUUUGUCUUAUUUUUUGUAGUUAUUUACUAUGUUCCUCAACAAUCAUCAUCAAUACUAAAGAAAAUAUUAUCAAUUCAUAAUAGGAUCACAAGAAUCAUCAAUCUGUUCAGUUUCCUAGCGACAAAGGUACAAAAUGUAUUCAUUUAACUAAUCAGGUAAUAAAACUUUUAUUGUUAAUUUGAUCAAUUUUCAUCACUAUCGUCAUCAUUGAACUGAGAAAAGUCUGUAGCAAAAUUUACUCUGUUUACAUGAAUUUGGAACAAUAAAACAAAGUUAGAAAGUUUCACCAACUUUGAUUAAUUUUAUCAAUAGGUUAUCAUAAUCACGCGAUAGAUGAGUAUUAUUGGCUGGUCUGUCUCUUCAAAGUCUCGGUAUUUGCUUCGUACAGAUCAAAAAGUUCGUGAAUUAAUGAAUUAAUGAAUCAUCAGCACCAUAAAUUUCAUUUCUGAUUAUGUUUCUCUUAAAAACACUUUUGAAGUAUUUAAAGGUCACUGAAAUUCGCGAAUACUCUUACCCCAAACCAAUUCUCAUAAAUUAUCUGCAUCUAUGCAUUCUGAUCAAAAUUAGGUGAAUACACCCAACUUAGAUGCUUCGUUAUAACCUCAAUUGAAUAGAUCAAGUGAUGAAUAAACUUCCGCAUUAGUUUAAAAGGUGAACGG